AUGAGUCCCAGAGAUCUUGUCUGCGCAGCCUGCUGGGAUGCUAUUUUUUCGACCCCUGCAUUUCGAGAAUUCGGUAUUAUCAAUGGCCAAGAGCAACGAAUUAGAUACCAGUCGUCCCUCGGCCAAAUGGCCCUGAAAGCAUGCUCCUGGUGUUCACUAAUCCGACUUCUGAAACCCAGCGCAGAUGAUAUCGUGCCCAAAGACGAGCAGCCUCCUGGGGAUGAAAUCGAUGUUAUGUUUGGGCAUAUUCCAUCGUCUAUGAUCACCGAGGUUUUUACUCCGGCCGGCGCAAACCGUUUCGCACUCUGGAUAAACGGUACUGCGUUUUACAUGACCGCUUUUACUCGCCCAGCCGAUCCAGCAGCUUCUUGCGUCACCGCUCGAGAGUUAGAUCCUAUCGUCUUCUCACGCAAAGCAACCAGCCAGAUCUCGAAAUGGCUAUCAGACUGUUCGCAACACCCCGACUGUCCACAAAGAGAGGCAAAACCUCUGCCGACCAGAGUCAUUGAUUUAGGCGAAGAAAGAAAUUCCCAGGUUCGACUUCUGGAAACGGGCCACAGCUUUGGGGAAUACGUCGCGCUCUCGUAUUGCUGGGGAUCGGACCAACCAGGCAAAACCAUAAGAUCCAACUUGAACGGUCGUUUGGCAAACUUGGAUGAACGAAUCCUAUCAAAAACUAUCCAAGACGCCCUAAAAGUUACCAGGGCGUUGAACAUGCGAUAUCUUUGGGUAGAUGCUAUUUGCAUCUUGCAAGACUCGGAUCAGGACAAGAAUCAUGAACUGGCCAACAUGUGCAACAUCUACCGUAACUCAGCGGUUACGGUAUUUGCCACGAGUGCUAGUAACUCCCAAGAGGGCUUUCUUCAUCCAAGGAAGCCGCCAGAUCCUGCAGCCCUAAUUCCGUUCUGGAAUGUGGAUGGUGAGCUGGGCACGGUAUCUCUCACGGUGGAAGGCUGGUACAAUGACGACGAAGAACCUAUCAACCGCCGCGGCUGGACCUUUCAGGAAAGGUUUCUCUCUCCAAGAUCACUUUUUUAUGCUUCCCAUACGCUGCAGUACCAAUGCCAGCAUGGCACAGUAAAUCUUGGAGGCUCAAUCAACAUCCCCGCCUCGUUUGGAGACUUGCGGCUUCCAUCAACCUGUCUUGACUUGCGACUACAGCCCAAGUCAGAGAUCACCGACACGCAGGAGCUUGGGAGGAUGUGGGCGUAUAUCGUGUCCAUGUACUCGGGUCGGAAACUAUCCAAUAUUGAAGACAAGCUGACGGCCUUCGCUGGAGUCGCGGAAGCUCUAGAGCCAUUAUUUCUGGGAUUGUAUAUCUCCGGACUUUGGACGGGCGAAACUCUGCCCCGAACCUUACUCUGGCAGGCAUCAGCGACUGAACCCUAUAUUCCUUGUCCAGACUACACUGCGCCCUCUUGGUCCUGGGCGUCUCUCAACAGUCCCGUACGGUUUAGCUCCAUGUACAUGGACCAUACUCAUGAGUGGUAUCACGCCGACGUUCUCGAAGUCCACAAUGUCCUUGUUGAGGAUAGCCUACCGCAAAUUCCUGUCGGGGCAGCAUAUUGA